CCACGUCCAGUGUGCUCCCGGAGGAGAGCAAGCGAGACUUGAUGGAGCAGUGCCGCCGCUUCGACGACCUUCUCAGCAGUGCCUGGCCUGUGGACAUCGGAAAACACGCGCAGGCCACAACGCUGCAGCGGCGUUGCUCCAACCCUCCCCAGAUCCCCGUCUCCGCCGACAUUCACGCCUUAUUUCGGGAGGCCACCUCGAUGGUCGCGCGGAGCACGGCUCUUUUGGAGUUCCAGGUCACCGAGAAGAACUUCGUGCAGCUCAGCGAGGCACUGCUGGCAGCCCUCGUCAUUUAUAACGGACGCCGAGCCUCCGAGGUCUCGGGAGCACCAUUCAACUGCUACCGCAACCGCCCGACCGGAGAAGCCCUCCAGAAGGAGCUCCGGGUCGUCCCCAUCUUGGACCGAGCGGUCGGAGUCCGUGAUGCCCUUCUGGAGGAUCAAAGCGGACGGCCCGAGUUCUUCCUUGUUCCCGGCGGGAAAAACAAGCGGCCCGUGGCCAUCAUCGUCCCCCGCUCGCUCCUCCCUGGUAUCGACCGACUGAACGCGACCAGAGACGCCCUCAUGAUCCCACCUCCGACCGGUGGCACCGGCGGAAAGAGGUCGCAGGAGAAGGGAAAGAAACAGCAGCAGCAGCAGCAGCAGCAGGGUGCCGAGGAGGCGGGCCCGAGUCGCAUCAACGACCUGCUCUUCCCCCGUCCAGGCUCCACGCACCCGUACGAUGUGGUGCACAUCAUAAGGCGCCUCAAAGAACGCCUCGCUAAGGAUCGCCGGCUUCAGCGUCCCGAGCUGCUAACUACGAGGACCAUAAGAACUCGCCUCGCAACUAUGGCAUCAGAGCUGCCAGAUCGCCGGGACGCUGAGGCUCUCAACGUCCAUCUGGAUCACUCCGAGGCCACGAGUGCACGUUAUUACAAGUCGGCGGAUCCGACCGCGGCUCCUCGAGCUUUCGCCGACGUGCACCGUGAUCCUCGAGACGAUCCAGUGGCGAAGCCGGCGACCCGAAGGCCGGAGGAAGGAAGUAAGGGCAGCGCAGAAGCUCCACCGACACAGACAGGGAUCCCGGCCGGACUCGCUCGAGGCAUAGCGCAGUUCGGGGCUUACGCGGCGGCAGAGACCAUCCUCGCCUCCAUCCAAAAAGCUCCGAGCCCCGCGCGGAGGAGGCGCGCCGUCACCGAGGUGGAAAGCGUCGGCGGUGGCCGGACUUUCCGGGUCUCGUACUGCGUGGAGGACGAGCCCGAGACGUCCGGCAGAAGAACAGCUCCGCAGUGUCCGUCGCCCACGGGGUCCGUGCCGGGUCAUCCCUCAGGCGUGAAGGUUGAGGACGACGAGGAAGUCGAUGCCCCUACCCAGUUCCGGAGGUGGACUCAGUCAGAAACGGAUCAGCUGAAGGAAGUCUUCCACGAGUUCCUGGUUGAGAACCGGAUACCCACUCGGGCCGAGAUUCUGACCCGGAUAGGCCUCGGCAUGUGUCCGCAGGGUAGGUCCCUCGCCUCCAUCCGCGGCCAACUUUUUAAGAUUCGAGCCGAAGCUCAGCAGAACCGAUAGGCAGAUAUGUAUUUUCAUGUACAUAUACAUGUAUGUAUAUUAAGUUAUGUACGUAUCGCUUUGUAUUUUGCUUUGUCUUAUAUCUGUUUAAAAUCUGUAUAUAUCUGUGUGUAAAUAAUUGGAAAAAAGAGAGAAAUGAGAGAAAAUGUAUUUUCAUGUACAUAUGUACAUAGUUCAUAGUUUCAUGUACAUGUAUGUAUAUAAGUCGUGUAUAUAAAUUGCUUUGUACUUUGUUUUGUCCUAUAUCUGUUUAAAAUCUGUAUAUAUCUGUGUGUAAAUAAUUGGAAAAAAAGAGAGAAAUGAUGAUAUGUAUUUCCGUGUACAUAUACAUGUAUGUAUAUAAGUUAUGUAUAUAAAUUGCUUUGUAAUUUGUUUUGCCUUAUAUCUGUAUAAAAUCUGUAUGCAUCUGUAUGUAAAUGAUUGGAAAGAAAGAAAGAAAUGAUGGAAAAGAAGAGGAAACAGAAAAGGAAGAAAAGAAAAACGCAAAGAAAGAAGAA